UCAAAGAGCUUCUCUCUGCCCCGCCGCAAUAAAGGCAGAUAGCGGACCAUGGGGAGCAGGGGAAAACUUUUUAUACUGACAUGUUAACGCCAUGACUUUUGAGUAACAUCUAAGUGGGACGAGGCUCCCGGCGUGAGGAGGACAGGGCCUUUUACAGAAAGAAGAAGAAGAAAAGGGAACACUUGCCAUCAGUUUGGGGACGGGGACGGGAAAAAAGCAAGAUUUGAGACGAGUCCAGCAAAAAAGAAAAAAAAGAAGCGGUGGAAAUCCAGUUUGGACAUUUGAAUGGAAAGAUGAGCUUGCUGUCUGCCAUAGACACGAGUGCCUCCGUGUACCAGCCGGCUCAACUUCUCAACUGGGUCUAUCUCUCCUUACAAGACCCCCACCAGACCAGCGCCUUUGACGCGUUCAGACCCGAACCCAACUCUUCCCACCCGGAUCUCAAUUUCAGCAAGACUCCCGCAGCGGCGGAUUUGAGCUCUUCCCUGAACUCCAACUAUCUCAACAACUUCUUCCAGCUGCAGCGAAAUGAGGCCUUAAACAACAACGUGUAUAAGAACGUGUCUCCCUAUGGCUCCCUGAACAAUAUUGUGGACGGACUCAACUCCCUGACGGACCAUUUCUCAGACCUUUCCCUCUCUUCUGAAACAAGAAAACCGAACAAAAGACCCCCACCCAACUACUUGUGCCACCUGUGCUUCAACAAGGGCCACUAUAUCAAAGACUGCCCUCAGGCCAGACCCAAAGGUGAAGGACUGACACCCUACCAAGGGAAGAAGAGAUGCUUUGGAGAGUACAAGUGCCCUAAGUGUAAGAGGAAGUGGAUGAGUGGCAACUCCUGGGCUAACAUGGGACAAGAAUGUAUCAAAUGCCACAUCAACGUCUAUCCACACAAACAGCGACCUUUAGAGAAGCCAGAUGGCCUGGAUGUGUCUGACCAGAGUAAGGAGCACCCCCAACACCUGUGUGAGAAGUGUAAAGUCCUUGGCUACUACUGCCGCCGUGUGCAAUAAAUAUUCAUCAUUAUUCAGUGGCAGAGAGGAGCCGCUCCAUCCCAAACCCUGUUUUUUUAUCCGCCAUUGAGACAUUAUACAUCCUCCCUUCCCGGUCCACAUCCAGAUUUCCCUCAACACGACAUGGCACCCUUUCUUCUUCACGUCUUCCUCCCAGUGUCUCGGAAACAUCUAAUGUAGACAUUCGGUCUAAUCCUCCCAAAUCUCCUGAUGCCUUCCUUUAUUACCACAUCAAUUAAUUCUGCUCCCUCUACUCAGCCACUUGUGGAGCAUAGACUUUAGUCAUUCUUCUCCUCUUUCAGUGACAGUACAUCCAAGAAUAUGUUUGAGGGUCACCCUCUAUCUCUUGAAGUGCUCUUCAAAACAGCAAAAAAAAAAAAAAAAGGCCAAAAUGAUUGACUUUUUAUGCCUUGUGUAUCAGAACCACACGAUUAAUUUACUCAAUACUCAAUGUUUAACAACAGAAAAUUAUUAUAUUGAUGAUUUAGCACCAGGGUUGUAUUUCCUUGGCAUCACUGACAGUAUUUGUCUCAAUAGAUUACCUCACCUUGGGGUUUGUUGGCUUUGUGUUUACAGAGAUCUGCUUUCCAUUUCCCUGCCAAGUGAAGUGUGUGGAGAUGUGACGAACGUUUAACCGGGGCCUCUCAUGAUGGCAUAAUGUAUACGAGGCCUUUGAUGUCUUGCCUUAUUAGGGUCAGCAGCACAUCUUAUUAACUGUGAAUUAACCGAGGGAUAAUGUGCCAUGCAUCCCUAGCUUACAUUUGGCCUAUUUAUUUUCUUGUUGUCUCGUGUGCAAUUUGAAUUUUAACUGGGACAUAAAGAGACAUUUUUGUAUGUUUGUAUAUCGCAUUAUUGUGUAACUGCUUCCACUUGUCUUUAGAAACUACUGUAGGUUCAGUUGUAUAAAACGCUCCUUGGGCUAGAUUUAGUGCAUUGCUAAUAGGUAACGCUUCAUUUAUCCUAUUCCUAUUUUUGUUGUUGUUCUUGUCGUUCUUGCCUCUCAUAUAUUUGUUAGUGUUGGAAAAAAUAGACACUAGAUAGGCAGAAGAAGCUGUGGGGAAAAAUGGUUCAGUAAUUGUUGGCAGUCACAUAUUUUCCUUGUUUCAAAACUAUUGAUAAAAUGCUUGCCACAGCUUGUUUAGCAUUGAUAAACAUGAUUUUGGACCCUAAACUGUUCACAUAAAUCCUGAAUAGAUUUUAACCACAAGAUAGCAAAAUACAAAAGGAGCUGUUUGCUUGACAGAGAUUCAGAGAGACUUUUUUAUCCAAGUUUUAGUGCCAGUUGAUGUCUGGCAGCCUCAGUGGAGUCGGUGAAGCAAGAUGGAAAACUUUCCAAGGGCUUGCACACUGAAGAAACUAUGUCCAACAGCUAAUUGCAGCGUAGAGUGCCUAAAGGGAGGUGAAGCUUUGGAGAACUUUGCUUUUCAGGUUUGUCGAGAGACAGAAAGGUGGUUUGUGAUACGUUGAUGCUGAAAAUUCAUGGCUGUAUUGAAAUUUAUGGUGAGUUAAGUUUACAUUCGUUUUUAUGGGGCCUUAUAUCAUAAACCAUAUCUUUAAAGUGGAACUAUUAUGUAUUUUUUUCUCAUUUCUUGUUAUACAUAUAUACAUCCAGGCAUCCCUGAAAAGAGAAUUUUCCGGGUUAGCAAGCUAGUUUCCACCUAAAGACGAUAUGCCAUGUUCUGACUAAAGUAUUUCUAAAGAACAAGCACAACAUUUGACAUAAACAAAGAUGUAAAACAAAAAAGCAGUGACAUUUGGAGUAUCAUUGAGUAAUAAUUUGGAUUAUUGAAGUUAGGCUAGCAGAAGAUGCUAAAAAUAUGCUACCUGGUGGCUAGCUUUAGAGCUAGCUAUUAGCUUAAGCUAAUAUAAACUCUUUGCUAAUAAAAACUGUAAGAAUUGAGUUAAAUUGUUCAUGCUGUUCAGCUGGGAGAAAUAAAUCCAUUACAGAGCAGGAAGAAAAUGCUAAAAACAGAUCAAAUUUCAGCCAAAAGAGCAUCUUAGAUUAGCACAACCGCUACAUUAAUAUAUGACUGUAUGGUUUGAUUACUUGCUGUAAAAAAGUCCUGAUCCUAAGCCCAAGGUCCACACUGAAAUCUUGGUGUCAUUCUUUUGUGAAUCCUUUAAAUAUUUGGUGUUCGGGGCAAAGUAUUACAACACAUUAAAAAGAUGACAACCUCAACCAGUGCAGUAGGAGCUUGGACCAGGAAACAGGGCUGAUCCUAAAUGAGCUAAAAUGCCAUUUUUAAGAUCGUAGGGCUCCCCUGAGAAAUAUUUAUUAUUUUAAACCUAAACACACAAAAGUACAUCACUGUAGCCCACAAAUAAAAACACUCAUCUGGAAAUGAGCAUAAUAGAGCCACUUUAAAGGAAAAGGAAUACCCACUGUGGUUCCAUAUAUCACUAUGCAGAUGUGAAGCACUAAAGAGGAAACUAUUCUAGUUAUCAUUUAUGGAAAUCUGCUUUUCAAGGAUCCUUGGUAUAGGAAUUGUGAACUGUUUUAUAUGUACUGUAUUUCUAGCCUUACAAAAACUGGCUGACAAUAUUUUAUACUAUAACAUACUGUAUGUGCCUUAAAACGAUUGUGUCAAGGCUAAGAGGCCAUUUGAAGUUUCAAAGAUUUGUGGCGAGAGACUCAGAGGUGGAGCAGUAUUAUGUGCAUGUGGUUAACUGUGAUGCAGAGUAAGUUUGUUGUAGGUUCAAGAUGUGACACAGGACAGAAAAACGAUAAAGCUCCGCUAUUAGCGGUUGAACUGGCAUAGUGGGUGUUCGAUUCAUGUUGGAGGCACAGGCUGAAACAGCAUUUCCAGCUGGCAAAAACAAUCUUACUGUGGUCUGUUGUCAUGGAAUAUCAACAGAGAUGUUAUUUCUUAGUCGAUCCUCACAACAGAAUGAAGUUGACACAAACUGUGGACCUCACUCAUUGUUAUUUUUAUCUGUUAUCAUUAUGUUUUUUCAAGGAAACCGUGGGUUUUGUGAAAAAACACACAUUGUUACUUGCUUUAGUGGAAAUGGAUGAUAUUGGUGCAUUACACUGUUGGGAAAUUUAACUAAAUUCCAUCCGUUGAUUUAAAAGGGCACUCCAGUGAUUUACUAUUCCAGCUUCACCAGUUGGGAGGCCUGCAGGAGACACUAAAUAACAGUGCAUGCAGCAGUGGAUGAAAUAUCUUUACUUUCAGUUUGGCUCAAGCUCCAAAAAUGCAUCGACUAUUAUGCAACUCAGUAGCCUUUUAAAGUAAGCUCCAUAGACUGUAUAUAAACAAUGGAUUUCAAAAGCAGCAUCAGUGUUAAGACAUCUUAAAUUUACAUUCUUUGUAAUGGCCAAUAGAGGAUCGACUUCUGUGGUUGUAAAUGGACUUGAAGUCCAAAAGCACUUUUUACCACAAACCUCAUUCACCCAAUCAAAUACAAAGCACUUUUACUGUUACUGUAGGCUCUGUAUAAUACUUACGUACACACUCACACUCCGAUGAAUGCAUCGGGAGCAACUUGAGCUUCAGUACCUUGCCAAAGGAUUCUUCGGCAUGCAGAUUAAAGGAGCCAGGGAUCCAUUUGGUAGAUGACCUGCUCUACCUCCUAAACCACAACCAGAGAAAAUGAUCCACCAGCUCACUUUGAGUAUUGAGGUUUAUUUGUAUUUCCCAGCUGGUUGCUGGCAGUUGCUGGGAUAUUAUUGCUAAAGUCUGAAUUGUGGAGAUGUACAGAUCAGUCAGUGACCCCCUGGCAACCACCUGUUGCUAAGAAUCCUGUAUUCCCCAGCUGAUUAGCAAAAACCUCCUCCAAAAAAAAUGGAGGCUUGCCUUCAAAGUUGCACGUUUUCAAACAUGCUAGCUCUCCCUGGCAACCACUAGGGACUCCCUGGCCCCUACUGGUCGCCAAGGGGUCCCCACAUUUUUCUUUGGCAGUCGCUGAGGAAAAAUGUGUAUUUCACAACUGGUUGGUAAAAAACCUGUUUAUAUACCUUUGGUCACUAGCAGAUGGUCACGGUUACUCUUAGUUUGCAUGGAAUGAGCUGACUUGUCCACAAACACUGGCCAGCUAAUCUCCGUGGGGAAGUGACACAAACUGGAAACAGAAUGUUUUCCUUAAAAGUAGAAGUUGUGUCUUCUGCUUUUAGUUUGCAAGUGAAUGUUCUCUGUUUCUAGUUUGCAUCAGUGUUUGCAGAAAAGGAAGGCGUUGGCUUUCACGCAAACAAUCUGCUAGUGACCAACGCGACUGCGAGGUGGUUUCUGGUGCAGUGCCCUCUUUGCAACCAGUUUUACUCAGCCACAGGAACCACUUGUCAACUAGGCAGGAAAUAUACAUUUUUCUCACAUGAAUGUUGGUUGUAUCACAAUUACUUCUCAAUCACUGGUUUCAAGUCUUAUUUAAUACAGUGUGAUUUUUUUUUUUUUUUUUUAAAUAUGGCCCAUCUUUCAAAUUCACUUGAUGAACAAGUUGGCCAAAAUACUCAACUCGUAGCUUCAGAAUCAAAGUCCAAAAAACCUUGAAGUGUCCAAGUCCAUCUUCUAUAUACAGUCUAUGCUAGACUCCCCAGCCUACUAAAUGCUGACAAUAAAACUCCUCAGUUUUUAACACAAGCUUUAUGAUUUUUUCACAAUGACAAUGACCCUCCACAGCCCCAGAAGAUAUCACAGUAGCUAAAGGGCAAAUCUGUGGAGUGUCCCUUUGAAGGAGUAACUGAAAACACUUUGUUGCAUUUAAAGUAAAGACCCAGUUUUUAUGAAAGAUUCACCACUGUUGGGAACAACCCAUUUUUCUUCUUAUUAAUGUCUGUUUUUGUUCUAUGUAAUGACACUAGGCUAACAGGUCUCCCAUAACCUUAUUUUCUACAUUAGACCAUGUGGCUGUAGUGAAAGGAAUACAUACCAAUGAUGCCUUAUGAACUAACCUCAUAAAGAAAUAA